AUGCAUAAUUGGGAACGACCUGCUCCUAGACCGCCACCUGAUCCGCACCGCCUUCCGAAUCCUUACACGUUUCAGGGACAACCACAAGUGCGGCCCCCUCUUCCGUAUUCGCUACAAUAUGUGCCGAUAGAUCCCCAAGUCGCUGGACCAACAUUGUUACACCUCAAUCGCCAAUCUGCGCACUUGCCGCCGAAGAGGUCAUAUGGUAUCCCUGCGAAUGGGCACGUUGUUCACCAAGGGCAAGCCCCGUUGAAGCGAUCUCUACCGAAUACCCAACAAAGACCCGCUCCAACGGCUAGUGGAGGAUCCUGUACUUGUGACACACAUCUGAUGUCCCACGUCAAAGAUGCUGUAGAUCGAUUCAGCGAGCUUUCGCAAUGGUUACAACAACGGUUCAACGCACUACGAGACCAGGGGGACGAAAAUCAUACUACCCUCCUGGAAGGCCGGGAUGACAUAAAAAACCUCCUAUCCCACGUCAAAGAUGCUGCAGAUCGACAAUGGUUACACCUACAAUUCAACGCACUACGAGACCAAGGUGACGAAAACCAUACUACCCUUUCGGAAGGCCAGGACAACAUCAAAAACCUCCUAUCCGAAAUCCGAAGUCUACAGUAUCAAGCUCAAGAUGAACAGCGCAUUUUAAAGAGCAUAGUAGGUGAUCAAGCAAACGAGAUCUCUCAGCUGCGUGAUUUGUGGGAGAAAAGGCAGAGCCGCUCGAAGCCGCAUUCUGGUACCAACGAGCGUUCCUCGAAGCGAAAGAGAACCAAUCAAGAAUUGAAUCAAGCUCCGAAACAAAAGCGUGCUCGGAGGUCGAAUCAGCAAGGCCCCAUCGGAGGGACAGAAGCGAACGACGGAAUAGAUCUACGACGAUCUUUGAGAAUAGCUCAUGUGAAUGAGGGGAUAGCCAAGAUGAGAGGGCCUGAUAGACCAUAA